AUGGCGAUGAUGACUGGCCGUGUGCUGCUGGUGUGUGCCCUCUGCGUGCUGUGGUGCGGUGCCUGUGGUGGUGGACGAGCUGAAGUAACUUCUCCAGCUUCUUCGCCCAGUAAAGACAAGGAAUCUCAAGAAGUCGAAGUGACCACAGCUGUCGCUGGAAAAGUUGGCCAAAGCGGUCAACCGGAAUCGCCACAAGAAACACCACCAACGACGUUACAAUCACAGAAAGCGCCAGCGAACUCGUCACAGGCACCACAACCCGAAGGAGGACCAUCAAAAAAGGAAGACGAAGCGAUGGACAACACGGGUCUAAAUACAGAAGAUGAAAAGGAAGAAGAAGAUGAUGAACAACACGAAGAGGAAGACGAAGACGAAGAGGAAGAGGAAGAGGAAGAAGAAAAGGAAGACGGAGGGGAAAAAAAAGAAGAGAAUGAUACGAAAGGAAAGGAGGAGACAAAGAAACAAGCUGCUACCAGCACCACAGAGGGGACCUCAGCAGGCACUGAAGAGCAGCCAAGUUUAUCUUUUGCUGCGGCGGGAGCAUCGAAUAUAACAAAUCCCAACAUCACCCAAACAACUGGAGACGGUGAUCCAGCAGCUGAUGGUGCAGGGACAGCAGAGGGAAAACAAAAUGAAAAUAAAGAUGCCAAUCCGAAAGAAACACCAGUGACGGCCGCAGCCGUGAAAACUACGACGGCGACGACUGGCGACAGUGAUGGCAGCACCGCGGUCUCCCACACCACCUCCCCUCUUUUGCUUCUUCUUGUUUUUGCCUGUGCGGCUGCUGCUGCGGUGGUGGCCGCGUGA